AUGGACGCUGAUAAGGUUAAUACUAAUUUAUCAGACUUGUCACUUGAAGCUGCCCCAUCUCACGAUGAUGUAACAAAUCCGGGGUUGUUGGUAGAUAGAGAGGAUAACCUUGACGCUUCUGAUGAUGUUGCGAAUCAGAUGGAAUUGCAACUGUCGAAUGACGGUAGUGACAACAAUAUUUCUUCAAUGAAUGCAAAUUUCUCAUACCAUGAAAGCCAAAAGUUGAUUCAGAAUAAUUCAAAGCAUAUUGCAGUUGAUGAGCAUGAUGUGAAUUCUGCUAUCUUAGAACAACCGAGACAUGCUUCCAAUCUAAGUACAGAGUCUCCCACUACUAAGAAAUCAAGAACUCUUUCUGCAAGUGCCCAACAUACCAUUCCGGAACCACCAAGACCACUUUGGAAUAAGGAACCGAAAGUAAAGAAGGAGACUACCCUUUAUAAGAUGGGUAUGCUCGCUGAAGAUGCAGAGCAACAGUUCUCUGAAGACCCUUCCCCGGAGCUUAUCGAUUUAUAUUCCAAAGUGCAAGAAUGUAGAGAUUUAAGAACAAAAUAUCAAACCUUAUCAGUUCAAAAUGACAACCAAAAUCCAAAAAAUAAGCCAGAUUGGAAGGUUUACCCAUAUCCACCAAAACCUUCAUAUAAUGCAGAUACUAAAACGGUAGUCCCAGUAUUUAAUAAGCCAGAUGUGGAGGUGUUUGAUUUUAAUCAAUGUGAAAUUCCUGGCAUAGAUGAAGAGUGGGAUUUUGGUUCCAAUGGAGAUGAUAGCUAUAUUGUUCAUAAAGCCGGAAAUCCAGAUGAUCUUAUUGCCGAUAUUCCAACAUUGCGUGAUUACUAUAGAGAUUUGGAUAAAAUGAUUGGAAUCUCAUCUGAUGGUCCAGCCAAAUCUUUUGCCUUCAGAAGGUUACAGUAUUUGGAAGCUCGUUGGAACUUAUAUUACUUAUUGAACGAAUAUCAAGAAACUAGCGUGUCAAAGAGGAAUCCUCACAGAGAUUUUUAUAACGUGAGAAAAGUCGAUACUCACGUUCAUCAUUCUGCUUGCAUGAACCAAAAACAUUUACUACGUUUUAUCAAAUAUAAAUUAAGGCAUUCUGCUGAAGAGAAAGUUAUAUUCAGAGAUGGACAACUGUUAACUUUAGAGGAAGUUUUCCGUUCUUUGAAUUUGACUGGAUAUGAUUUAUCAAUUGACACAUUGGAUAUGCAUGCCCAUAAGGACACUUUUCAUCGGUUUGAUAAAUUCAACUUGAAAUAUAAUCCAAUUGGCGAAUCCCGUCUAAGAGAGAUUUUCUUAAAGACAAAUAACUAUAUUAGGGGUUCAUACUUAGCUGAAAUUACUCAGCAGGUCAUAUCUGAUUUAGAAAAUUCAAAAUAUCAAAAUUGCGAAUACAGAAUAUCCAUUUACGGAAGAUCCUUGGAUGAGUGGGAUAAACUGGCUGCCUGGGUCAUAGAUAAUAAAAUAAUUUCUCACAAUGUCCGUUGGUUGAUUCAAAUCCCUCGUCUUUACGACAUCUAUAAGAAGACAGGUAUCGUUCAAAAUUUCAAUGAUGUUUGUAAAAAUAUUUUCCAACCAUUAUUUGAAGUUACAAAGGAUCCAAGAAGCCAUCCAAAAUUACACGUAUUUUUACAAAGAGUGAUCGGGUUUGAUUCUGUUGAUGAUGAAUCUAAAGUGGAUCGUCGUUUCCACAGAAAAUACCCAAAGCCAUCUUUAUGGGAAGCUGAUCAAAAUCCACCAUAUUCUUACUACUUAUACUAUCUGUACUCAAGUGUAGCAUCAUUAAAUCAAUGGAGAGCAAAAAGAGGGUUCAAUACAUUGGUUUUGAGACCACAUUGUGGUGAAGCUGGUGAUCCAGAACAUUUAGUCUCGGCAUACAUGUUAGCCCAUGGUAUCUCACAUGGUAUCUUGUUGAGAAAAGUGCCAUUUGUUCAAUAUCUUUACUACUUGGAUCAGGUUGGUAUUGCAAUGUCUCCGCUAUCAAAUAAUGCUCUGUUUUUGACCUAUGAUAAGAAUCCAUUUCCUCGUUAUUUCAAAAGAGGUUUAAAUGUUUCCCUAUCUACGGAUGAUCCACUACAAUUUUCAUAUACUAGAGAGCCAUUGAUUGAAGAAUACUCUGUUGCAGCUCAAAUUUACAAAUUAUCUAAUGUUGACAUGUGUGAACUGGCAAGAAAUUCGGUUUUACAAAGUGGUUGGGAAGCACAAAUUAAGCAGCACUGGGUAGGUAAAGAUUUCUACAAGGAGGGUGUUGAGGGUAAUGAUGUCGUAAAGACUAAUGUUCCAGAUAUUAGAAUCAAUUACAGAUACGAUACCCUUUCAACGGAGUUAGAAUUGGUCCAUCACUUUGCAACUUUUUCUCGUCAUGCAGUGGAAAUUUAA